UGCUUCUUCUUUGAAGCAAAUCACUGCUGCAUUCGCGUUAGCAAGAAAACAUGGAAACGACAAACGACAAACCGACGCCAUUUAGUUCGCCCGGUACACCACACCUUGCAACAUCAUCGUCAAAAAAGCUUCUCGUCACUUCUCCUUCACGGUGGCACACGCGAGAGUUCUAUUUCUACUAUGUAUGCUUUUGUAUUGUGGUGCCGUACAUGUUCCUUGUCACUUAUCGGCUGAGUCGAGAGGAUCAUCCAAACUACUCUGAUUUCGCACCGCUGCUCGAAGACGGGUGGAUCUUUGGUCGGAAAGUGGACAAUAGUGAUGCGCAGUAUGCUCAGUUUCGGGGUAAUCUACGCAAUCUCGUGCCUUUGGCUCUCGUCUACCUUUGCCUGAGUCAUGUGUUUCGUCGUACCUUUGUUCCUUCCACUCCUAUCAAGCACGAACAUCAGGCCCUACCUCAAGCGUACUUUCAGUUGGUCGCGGCCUUGGUGAUCGUCACUGUUUUCCACGGCACCAGUAUCCUCAAAAUUCUUGUGAUCGUGUCUACGAGCUUCUGGAUCGGUCGAUGGACAGGAGGCUCCCGAUGGAAUGUGGUAUUGACUUGGACGUUUAAUCUGGGAGUCCUGUUUAUGAAUGAGUGGCACGACGGUUACACCUUUGCAGCACUUCAUCCGAAUUUAGCAUGGAUGGACCAAUACAAUGGCGUGCAACCGCGAUGGCAUAUCUUGUUCAAUUUCGUUAUGCUCCGAUUAGUCUCGUUCAACAUGGAUUACUAUUGGCAGAUCAGAAAGCCAAGAAACGAAUAUGACAAGGAAGAUGACAAGCUGGGCACCCCUUUACUUACCGACAAGGCACGCAUUACGGUGCCAUGCUUUGCAUCUGAUUACAACUAUUGGUAUUUCCUCGCUUACGUUUUCUAUAUUCCCCUCUAUUUAUGUGGCCCCAUUCUGUCCUACAAUGAUUUCAUCUCUCAGCUCCGUUAUCCAUCGGCCAAUGUGACGCGUCCUUUUGUUACGACGUAUGCUUUACGCAUGGUGAUAGUGAUUUUGGUGAUGGAAUUCAUGCUACACUAUCUCUAUGUGGUGGCAAUCAGCAAAGCCAAAGCUUGGGAUGGUGAUACGCCGUUGGAGCUGAGUAUGAUUGGGUAUUUCAACUUGGUAAUCAUCUGGAUGAAGUUGUUGAUCCCAUGGCGGUUUUUCCGACUUUGGGGAUUGGCGGACGGGAUGUGGACGGAAGAAAAUAUGGUCCGUUGCAUGUCGAACAAUUUCUCGGCCCAACGAUUCUGGAAGAGCUGGCAUCGUACAUUCAAUCGCUGGACGAUUCGAUAUAUUUAUAUCCCGCUGGGCGGAUCCAAGUAUAUGAUGUUUAACAUCUGGAUUGUAUUCACGUUUGUGGCUCUAUGGCACGAUAUCGAACUCAAACUUCUCGCUUGGGGAUGGCUCAUUUGCCUCUUUUUGCUACCGGAACUGAUCGCUUCAGGCUUAUUCAGUUAUAAAAAGUUUGGACACAAACCCUAUUACCGAUUCGUAUGCGGCAUUGGUGCGGUUGGCAAUAUUCUGAUGAUGAUGAUUGCCAAUUUGAUUGGCUUUUGUGUGGGGUUGGAUGGAAUGAAGGAUAUGCUAACACAUAUUUUUCAGACGAUGGACGGCAUGCAAUUCCUUUUAUCGGUCUCCGUAUGUCUAUUUAUUGCUGUCCAAAUCAUGUUUGAAAUUCGCGAAUCCGAAAAACGGCGAGGAGACCCUAAAUGGGUCAUGUAGACAACAAUAAACUAAUACUAAUACCC